AUGGAUCCCCUGAGCAUCACCACCGGGGUUCUCGCCCUCCUACACACUUCACGCAAGGUCAUUGAUCUCAUUUCAACGAUAAACUCCGCAUCAACUGAAAUACGCUGGCUCACGGUUGAGAUCAGUACCACUCGCGCCCUUCUCUCAAGCAUCGCCGAUAUUGCCGGCGUAGAUGAAACAUGGAAUCAUAGUUUGCGGGAAUUGAUGACCAAUGAUGGCCCUAUGCAAAUGUUAGACACACUUCUAUCAAAGUUAGAGCACCGUUUGGGCCAGGAAGUCAGAAUAAAGGGUGAGCCAGGGCAUCUGAGAAGGAAGCUAACUUGGCCAUGGCGAGCCGAUGACACGCGGGAAAUGGUAAGAAUCGCAAGGGAUGCCAGAGGAUUGCUCGCUGGAGCUCUGGCUGUGGACCAUUUGACCAUUUCGAAGGAAAUUCGAGAAGAGACCAAGCAGAUCCAUGAAGAUUCUCAGAAAACAUUGCUCAGGCAGGAUGUAAGCGAGCAGCGGAUGGUUGUCGAAUGGCUGUCAACCGUCGAUGCUGCCGAGUGCCACUAUUCUGCCUGCACAAAACAUGAGGAGGGGACCGGUGACUGGCUGCUUGAGUCGAAAGACUUUGGUCUUUGGUUGACUGGUACGAGGGAGGUGAUCUGGUUGUAUGGAAUCCCAGGCUCAGGAAAGACAGUGCAUUGUUCAACAAUUAUUGAGCAUGUUCAAAAGAUCUGCAAACACGACGAUCAGCCAGUCUGUUUCUGUAUUUAUUAUUACUUUGACUUCAAAGAUCGGAAACGGCAAACAUUUGAUGGCUUUAUCAGGUCAGCCAUUGCUCAGAUUUGCCGGCAAAGCACGGUGGUCCCGCGAGAGGUGAUGAGGCUUUAUGAAGACAAAAGCAAAAAGGGCCAGGAUCCAAGCCCGGCGAGUCUUGUUGAGACACUCUUAACACUUUUGAAACAUCCUGGCAAGACGUAUAUUAUCCUUGACGCUUUGGACGAAUGUCUAGCGCAGAAAGAGAUAUUCGACCUAAUUUUGAGGAUGAAAGAGGGGACCGCUUGGUCAGCGAAUAUUAUGGUUACUAGUCGUUUGGAGCGGCAGAUCCAGACUGGGCUGCAGGAUCUGGUUACUAGGGCGAUCCCUCUUCGCGGGCCACAAGUGGAUCAUGAUAUUCAGACAUUGGUCCGCCAUGUCCUCGUAUCAGAUCCAGUGUUGAGCAAGCGCCCAAUCCAGAUGAAGAGAGAGAUUGAGCACGCCAUUGUCAAUGGUGCCAGUGGAAUGUUCCGACUGGCAGCAUGUCAACUCGACGCCUUACGUUCCUGUUUGUCCCCAUCAGCCGUGCGGAAAACUCUACAGUGCCUUCCUCAAACACUGGACGAGAUAUACGAGCGUAUUCUUUGCGGCAUAGAUGAAGAGUCCCGCUCUAUCGCGUUGACGGCGUUGCAGUUUCUGACGAUCUCGUCGCGUCCUGUUAAUUUAGAUGAGCUAUCUGAAAUGGUGGCUAUCAGACCCGGAGUCAGUAUUAUCGUCGAAAUUGAUAGACUCUUUGAUCCUGCAGAUAUUCUGGCUGUAUGUUCCAGUCUUGUUACCAUGUCCAGAGUAUCUUUGGUUCAAUUGUCGCACUACUCUGUUAGGGAAUGUUUGACAUCGGAGCGAAUCUGCAAAGGGCCAGCCAGUUACUUUGCCAUAAAAGAGCAUGAAGCACAUCUAGCAACCGCACAGCGUUGCUUGACAUACCUGUUGUCAUUUGACCAGUCAGUGAUAUCAGACAAAUUUCGCGGCUCAUCAUUGGAUGAGUCCCUCGAAACAAGCUAUCCCCUACUAGAGUACGCCACGUUCGAAUGGCAUACUCAUGUACGGCUCCUCCCUUCAGAAUACCAGAAACAGACAGAGCCCAUGAUUCUUCGUCUUUUGGAUCAAGACAACCUCGCUUUUCAUCAUUGGCUAUCUAUCUAUCGCUUAGGUGAAAAUGAAAACAGUCCUGGAAGUCCGUUAUAUUAUGCCGCGGAGUUAGGAUUAUCCUCCAUGGUUCGCAGGAUUCUCGACGCAGGUGCCGAUGUUAACGUUGCCGGCGGGAUGUUUGGAUCACCGCUUGCAGGUGCCACUCUAGAGGGGCAUAUAGAGGUUGUUCGCAUUUUGUUAGAGCGUGGCGCAGAUGUGAAUAUCCAAGGUGGCCUCUACCAUACGCCUCUACAAGCUGCUUGUACGGAACAAAGACUUGAUGUGUUCAAUCUGUUACUUGCUCACGGCGCAGACAUUAAUGUCGCUGGGGGAUACUAUGGCUGUGCUCUCCAAGCGGCUGCCGCGCGAGGGUGGCCAGAAGCCGCCCUACACCUCGUCAAAUUAGGCGCAGACAUCAACAUAAUGGCAGGACAGUUUGGUACAGGCUUACAGGCUGCAUCGCGAUAUUGCCAUGAAGAACUUGUCAUGGAGCUUUUGGAAAAAGGAGCAGACCCAAAUGCUGCUGGCGGCUACUACAACACUGCCCUUCAAGCAGCUGCGCGAGGUGGACAUACUGAAACUAUUCAGAUGUUGUUGGAACAUGGAGCAGAUGUGCAUAUGGAGGGUGGGUUCUGCGGCAGUGCUCUACGUGCUGCCCAAUCUCGACAAAACCACGCCGCCAUUGAGAUGCUUGAAGCCGAACUCCGAUUGAGUGAUGCAGUUAGAUCUUUAUCGCUAAGAUUCAAGAGGCUGCCUGAGGAAACUGGAGGGGAUUGUAAAGAGAGUGCUCUGUAA